AUGUUAAUAAUACCUAAAUCUAUUCUACAGAUGCAUAAGAGUAAUCAGAAAUAUGGUCAAAGGGAAGGUGAAAUUCAAAAAGACAAGGUACUUGAAAUAAAAACAAUUGAGGGUUGGAUUACAAAAUAUUUUGCAAGCUUACGUAAAGAAUCAGCAGAACAAAGAGUAAUAGGUGAAGCUAAUAAAAGAAUUGAAAAUAGUGGUAAUAGUAAAAAUAGUCAUAAGCGGCAGUAA